CAGUGAACGAGGCGGACGGGGUCGGGCCGGAAGUGGUAUGCUCGCGCCGCGCUGAGGAGAUGAGGGGCGGCGGGUGCGGCGCCUCGCUCCUCGGACGGGCCGGGCGCGCAUGGCUGGGCCCGCUCCCUGCCCGGGUCCCGCAGCCGCCUCGGGCCCUGCUGCCUCCGGUUCCUCGGAGAGGUCUUGCUGCCACGCUCCCAAGGGAUUCAUAUGAUGUCAGAAGAGUUGAAAUCACUCCCCUGGAGCAGAGGAAGGUGACUUUUGACACUCAUGCUUUAGUGCGGGAUCUGGAAACCCAUGGCUUUGCCAAGGAGCAAGCAGAGACCAUCGUAUCAGCAUUAAUAACCCUGUCAAAUGUCAGCUUGGAGACAGUCUAUAAGGACAUGGUUACCCAGGCUCAGCAGGAAAUAACCUUGCAGCAGAUCAUGACACACUUGGACUCCAUUCGAAAAGAUAUGGUCAUCCUGGAAAAAAGUGAAUUUGCAAACCUGAGAGCAGAGAAUGAGAAAAUGAAAAUUGAACUAGAUCAAGUUAAACAGCAGUUAAUGGUAAGUGAGCAGCCAGUAGGUGUACGCUUGUCUUGGGGGAGAAAAUCGUUCUUUUCAUUGUCUUUAUUUGCUUUAAAGAAUGAAACCAGUAAAAUCCAAGCCGACAGCAAGCUAGACAUAAACCUAGAAAGGAGCAGAGUGACAGAUAUGUUUACAGAUCAAGAGAGGAAAUUGAUGGAAGCAACUACAGAGUUUCAUAAAAAAGAUUCAAGCACCAACAGCAUUAUUUCCGAGAUCAGUAAUAAAAUUGACACUGAAAUAGCUUCCUUAAAGACGCUCAUGGAAUCGAAUAAACUCGAUACGAUACGUUACUUGGCAGCUUCGGUUUUCACUUGCUUAGCAAUAGCACUGGGAUUUUACAGGUUCUGGAAAUAGAUGUGAACUGAAUGACUGCAUCAAAUCAAAUACAGGUGGAGAAAAGGCCAGCCAGGCAGCGCCUGCCAGACUGUCACAUUUGCGCUGUACAUCGCUGUGGUACCUCCAGUUUGGAUAUUCUUGUUCUGAUUAUUGUGCACUAAAAUGUUUUCUGACUGUGUAACACUAACAGUUGAAAUGAUAGGGGGGAGAAGUUGGCAGACAAUGGUAAUAUUUCAUUAUCCCCUAUUGAAUAACGUACGUAUUUUAAAAGACUUUGUAUAUUAAAUCAGAAAGUGUUUCCUAACGGGCUUCAGAAUCAAGUCUGUUGUCUUCUAGGACAUUGCCAGUUCUCUCAUCUCCACUCCAAAUGGAAAUACUGACCAUCCAGCAUGCCUGUGAAAAUAUUGGACUUCUGUUUCCAAAUUAGUAUCAGCAAUAGGGAGAACUGCAGUAAAUUCCAAGAGAUGUACUGUGAUCCUGGCAGUCGCCUUACAUACAGGAGCUAGGUGCUUGUUCCUCUCUUUCUGAUGGGUUGAAGCCUGGUCCUUUGGUUUUAUAUUUGCAUAAAUAUGUAUGAAAACAUAGAUGUAUGUGUAUAAAGAACACACUCCAAGGCCUUUUCUAAAGAACCUUUGUUUUUUCUUGAAAAAUGGUUUACAUAAAUUUAAAAUCUCAUGUAGAACUAAAUUGUUUCUGCACAUUCGUUCAUUUUUAAUAUCUCUUAAAAUUUCUGUAAACCCAGAAGUCAGCAGAAGGGGAGAACUUCUCUUCCUCUUUCCAAGGGGAAGUGCAGAUAAGUGCUCCUAACUCCUCCCUUUGAGCAGUGCUGAGUAUUCUCACUAAACCUUCCUGUAUUUUCUGGCUGUGGGAUCUGCCUUGUGCCCCAGCAGUGCUCGCUGUGAGCGGUUUGUGGUGCUGUGGGACACACGGACUCAGCUUCAGGUGACAAGCCCCCUGCCUCCUGCAAGGCCUUCUCACUGUAGUUGCAGAGACAGGAUGUGAUGGGUGGAUGCCUUCCGAAACUGAAGCAGUCAUACCUGGGGUACAAAUGCCUAUGCUUAAUUCGAUUCCUUUUGAUUAAAAAUCUUCUUGGAUUAAACUUUGUUCAGAGUAAGCACUUUGUGGGCUACGGAGUUUAUAGCAGUGGAUAGUGGCAACUUUUUAAUUGCAGUUCUGUUUUGUUUUCAGUUGAACUUGCUGGUAUCCUGCGCAUUCUUAUAUUCUGUGCAUUAAAUUAUGUAUUUAAAUGUGUACAUUUAAGAAAAUAAAAUGACUUUCUUAUAUUCGCUA